AUGAGGGCGGUCGAAGAGAGAGGAGGCGGGGCAAAUGGUGAAGACGCCUACACGCAAGAUGGAACUGUGGAUCGCAGAGGCGGACCCGCCCGGAGAUCCAAGACCGGGCGGUGGAGGGGUUGUUCCUUCAUCGUAGCAUACGAGGUUUUUGAGAGGUUAGCAUAUUACGGAGUCGCGUCGAACCUGGUAUUGUACUUGACGAAGAGGCUACGGGAAGGAACCGUAGAAUCCGCCAACAGCGUCACCAAUUGGACGGGCAUAGUAUGGAUGACUCCUGUUUUAGGCGCAUACAUCGGGGACGUCCAUCUCGGCCGGUAUAAAACCUUUGUCAUCGCCAGCAUUAUUUAUCUCUUGGGGAUGGUCCUCUUAACUCUAUCGGUGAGUUUGCCUUCGCUGAGUCCUCCUUCAUGUGGCCCCGGAGUGAAAGAAGAAGACUGUAACUUGAAGGCAACACCCUUCCAAGUCGGGUUCUUCUACUUCGCUCUGUACAUCAUCGCGCUCGGCAACGGCGGGACCAAGCCCAAUAUCUCGAGCAUGGGGGCGGACCAGUUUGACGAGUUCGAGCCCCGGGAGCGGGUCCAGAAGGCCUCCUUCUUCAACUGGUGGAUGUGCAGCGUCUUCACUGGCGCGCUCUUUGCCAACACCGUCAUGAUGUACAUACAGGACAACAUCGGGUGGGGAACGGGCUACAGCAUCCAGACCGCAGGGCUUGGGCUCGCGCUGCUGCUGUUCCUGGGAGGCACUCCUUUCUACAGACACAAGAAGAAAGCGAGGAGUUCCUAUGCAAGGUUGGCCCAAGUGGUAGUGGCUGCUACGAAGAAGUGGAGGGUCCGAAUCCCCGACGACCCAAAGGAGCUCCACGAACUGAGCAUAGACGAGUAUGCGAGUUCCGGUCGGCUCAGAAUUGACAGCACGCCUACUUUAAGAUUUUUUGAUAAAGCCGCAACGAAGACCGGACCUACCUCAUCCUGGACGUUGUGCACUGUGACCCAAGUCGAGGAAGCCAAGCAGAUCUUCAAGAUGGUCCCAAUCUUGAUCGCCACGUUCGUCCCAAGUGCCGUGUUUGGGCAGGUCACGACCUUAUUCAUCAAGCAGGGCACAACCCUGGACCGUAGCAUUGGCCAGAACUUCAAGAUGCCGCCAGCGAGCCUCAAGGCCUUCAUACAGGUCACCCUGCUGAUAAGCCUGGUCCUCUACGACCGCGUCUUUGUGCCUGUGAUGCGUCGCUACACGAAGCACCCACGGGGAAUCACGAUGCUCCAGAGGAUGGGGAUCGGCCUUUCACUCUUCGUGGUGGUCAUGGCCGCAGGCAGCCUGACUGAGCGCAGGCGGCUGAGCGUGGCGAGGGAGCGCGGCACGGUUGGUCAGCACGAUGUCGUCCCACUCUCCAUCUUCAUCCUUCUCCCUCAGUUCAUGCUCAUGGGGGUCGCCGAUGCCUUCCUUGAGGCAGCGAAGCUCGAGUUCUUCUACGACCAGGCGCCUGAGGGCAUGAAGAGCCUCGGGACCUCAUACUACACGACCGGCAUGGGGAUCGGGUACUUCCUCAGCAGCUUCCUCCUCCAAACAGUCUCGACCGUCACCAAGAAGAAUGGCCAGCCAGGGUGGAUCACAAACAACCUGAAUCAGUCUCACUUGGACUAUUACUACGCUUUGAUGGCCGUCAUCUGCUUCGUCAAUCUGGUGUACUUCCUCCUGGUGGCCGGGAAAUACGCGUACAAUGUGGACGCAUCCGAGUAUCGGAAGGAGUUGGCUAUGGCGACGAUUGAUGACACAGCAUCCCAAGACAACAGGGGCUAG